GUUCAGUGUAUGUUUGCCAGCCUACAUCUGCAAGGGAGUUGCAGAAAAGCCUCAUGUUCAUCGAGCCGUUUGGGCAAGAAAAGCUUUUCCCUUUAAACUUUUAGAGGCUGGGACCGCAGGAGGGGUUCUGAAUGGGAGAGACCUCGCAGUGUGUAUCAAUUAACCUUUCACUUUAGUUCUCUAUGUCUUAUUUCAACUUGGUCAACUGUGGUUUAAUAUGCACAUUAGAUUAUGUACUCGUGAGGGAUAGUGCUAUUACUGAGUACAAGAUGGCUCUGUGAAACAUUUCUCUCUGAUCUGUUAUCCCAUACAUGUUUGCACUCAAUUGGCUGUUAUAAAAGCAUAGAUGCAUCAUGCAAACUAGGGCUGGGUGAUCUUAAACAUUUGAUGUUUGGGUUUUUUCCCUUGGAUUUAUAAUAUUUCGCAACAUUUUGAAUAGCAGUGCAAUAAUUCUAAUCCUUAUAUUGUAACCAUUUAACUUCUCAAACGUAGUGUUUCUGAUUUAAAUUUAAUUUGCACAUUUACAUUUUCAUGUAUUAAUUGAUUUUGUAAUACUUUUUGCUUAUGUUGUUGCAUGCAAACUAAAUCUCUUGCGAUCAUUUUAUAAAUAAUAAUAUCUAACUAAAUUAUGCCUUAAAAUGCAGAAAAAUAUCAAUAUAUUUAAUUAUUUUAGCUAUAUCACCCAGUCCGAAUGCUCACUGUAGAAAACAUCAGUCCAUUUAUAUGGUGGCUGUACAGAAUAAAUAACUAAUAAUAACCGGGGUUCAUGAUCAGACCCUACCUCUUUAUUUUUAGACAUUCACAUUAAGAAGCCAGUUUAAAAAAGCGGCCUUGGGUCAGUGAAAGUUAAACAUCUCCAAUCUACCUGAAUGAAAAGCCUUUACUUUCUUGUGAAACACAGUUUAUAUCUGACACUGUCAAACACACACUCUGUAUAUGUCAGAACUCAUGAUUUCACUGCAGUGACGGGCAGGUGUGUGACCCUUGGCCGCAAAGUUAGUAGUGUGUAGCGGAAGCAGUGUGUGUGUGUGUGUGUGGUCUCAUUCAGUGUCUGUUAUGUGCUGUGUCCUUACAGGAGAUGAGACGAGACAGCGGGUUAAAUUCACAGACGAGCGCGUCUGCAAAUCGCACCUGCUCAACUGCUGCCCACAUGACAUCCUCUCUGGAACGCGCAUGGACCUAGGCGAAUGCUCUAAGAUCCAUGACCUGGCGCUGAGAGCAGACUAUGAGAUCGCGUCUAAAGAGAAAGACCUGUUCUUCGAACUGGAUGCGGUGGAUCACCUGGAGUCGUUUAUAGCUGACUGUGACCGCAGGACUGAGUUAGCCAAGAAGCGUCUCGCUGAGACACAGGAAGAGAUUAGCGCUGAGGUGGCCGCAAAGGCAGAAAAGGUUCACGAGUUGAACGAGGAGAUCGGAAAGCUGCUGGCGAAAGCUGAACAGCUCGGCGCUGAGGGAAAUGUGGAUGAAGCCCAGACAGUCCUACAGGAGGUUGAGAGAGUCCGAACUAAGAAGAAGGAUGCAGAGGAAGAGUACAGGAACUCGAUGCCCGCCUCCAGCUUCCAGCAGCAGAAGUUGCGCGUCUGUGAGGUUUGCUCCGCCUAUCUUGGUCUUCAUGACAAUGACCGGCGUCUUGCUGACCACUUUGGCGGCAAACUGCACCUGGGCUUCAUCCAGAUCAGAGAGAAGCUGGAACAGCUGAAGAAAACUGUGCAGGACAAACAGGAGAAACGGAACCAGGAGCGACUGAGGAGGAGGGAAGAGCGGGAGAAAGAGGAGAAAAUGAAAAAACGGACUAAGUCACGCAGCCGAGAACGCAAGAGGUCUCGUUCUCGCGAUCGUGAUCGAGAGCGCAAGCGCCGACGUUCCCGAUCCGCAUCACGAGAGAAGCGGCGUUCCCGUUCUCGCUCCAAAGAGCGCGACAGACGCCGGCGGCACCGAUCUCGCUCCAGAUCCCGCUCGCGCCACAGCCGAGAACACUCACACAAGUCUUCACGGGACCGUGAUCGCGAGAGAGACAGUAAGCACAGUUCUUCCGAGCGGAGAUCAGACGGGAUGAACGGGAGGACGGAGUCUCGCCGUCAUGAUGACAGAGAGGCUGGAGAGAUCUGAAUCAUCUCACUCUACCAUAACAAACACACACAGCGCGCUCUCGUACAUAUACCCACUUUUUAUUUAUCAUGUUUGCUUGGUCUGUAGUAAACUGCCCAUGCCCUGUUUCAUUACAGUCUUUGUAGUCUUUAAUAUCUCAGUCCUGUGAGACUCAAACCUGUCGGAUUCACUGUCAAAUGUUGAAAGGACAAUUGUAUGUGGAGGUAUUUUUAAUUAUUUACUUCCUUUUCUCAAAAGUAUGUACUGCCACUUUUUGUUGCGCCUCCAUAAUGUGUUUUUUUGGGGGGGAUUGGGAUUUUAUUUUGUACUGUUUGUCCUGAGUGGAUGUGCAUGUUUUGCAGGAAGGCUGUUCUGAGGUCAGUUUAAGUCCCCUUUGUUUAACUAGAGCUGCAGUAUUCCCUCAUAGAGAGACAGAGAGUGACUGUCUUUGUAUCAAUAGCAGAGGCGUAGAAGUUUAAUUAAUCUAAACGAGUGAAUCCGUCAUGGCAUAUUGUUUCAGAUUUACCAUGUACAUGAUCUUUUAUAAGGCUGGUUUGAUUUAAUGUUGUCCUUAUCAAAGUGCAUUAAAUGGUUUUAUGAAUUUAAA